AUGGGGAAGGUGGUUGAUUUGGACGAUAAUGGGUUUAUUGAUUUAAACAAGUUUAUUGACUUGAAGACGAAUAGCGUUGAUUCGGAAAAGGUUGUAGAAAAUUUGAGACACGCAUCUAUGAUAUUUAACGUAGAUGCGAACGGUUCCAUAACACUAGAAGAGUUGGAGAAGGUACUCAGAAGUCUAGGGGACGAUAAGUGUUUGAUCGCAGAGUAUAAGAAGAACAUUCAUGGUGUUGAUUCCAAUGGAGAUGGGUUGGUAAAUUUUGAAGAGUUCAUUAGUAUGAUGAUGGACACGCACUCUCCUGGUUCGUCCUCUCAAAUAACAUCAUUGCCAACGUCUCGAGCUCGUGCAUCCCUUCACCGAGCAUUUGUCAUACUUUAUAAGGACCUUCACAAUUCGGUCCCAACUUACCUAGAUCGGUCUCAAUCAUCAUAA